UCUCUCUCUCUCUCUCUCUCUCUCUCUCCAACAGAUAGAGGUUGACGUUAGCGUCGGUAGCCUAGCAGUAGUAUAGAACCUUUUCCCUUUCAGUUUAAAAGAACAAAGCCUGGAUACAGAGCACUGAAAUCAUGGGAGAUAUUCCCGGGCGGUGCGGAUACAGCAGCUACAGGGAAUACAGCUCAUUUGUUGACGGAAACCGGAUAAUAUAACUGCUCACAGCAAUAACCACAAAACACGUCGGGCCCCUCUUUCGCCAUCUCCUCCAUCUUGGUUGUCAGUGAUGGAGCACAUCCGGACGCCCAAGGUGGAAAAUGUGCGUCUUCUGGACCGGUCUUCAGGACAGAGAAAGGCUAGCAUUGGGACUCUCUACCUUUCUGCCACGCACACCAUCUUUGUAGAGAACAACCCUGAGACACGCAAAGAGACAUGGGUGUUGCACAGUAUGGUGAGCAGUGUGGAGAGGCCACCCACCAUUCCAACAGGAGGUCAGCUGAUCCUGUAUUGUAAGGACUUCCGGGUCUUCCAGAUCCUCAUCCCACAGGAAAGAGACUGCUUGGAUGUCCACACCUCAUUGGUCAGAUUGUCACGACCAGAAAAGUACAGUGAGCUGUACUGCCUGUCCUUUAAUCCCAAUGUGAACAAAGUGGAGAGAGAAGAGUCCUGGAACUUCAUAGACCUUACGGCCGACUACAAGAGGAUGGGAGUUCCUAAUAACCUGUGGGUUGCUACAGCAGCUAACAGCGAAUACAGGGUGUGUGAUACGUACCCAGCAGAGCUAUUUGUUCCAAAGUCCGCCACACCCACUGUCAUCGUGGGCAGCUCAAGGUUCAGAAGUCGAGGACGAUUUCCUGCUCUGUCCUACUUCCACCAGGACACACUGGCAGCAGUGUGCCGGUGUAGUCAGCCACUGUCCGGCUUCAGUGGACGAAGUCAGGAGGAUGAGCUGAUGCUGCAGGCUGUAAUGAAGUCCAACCCUGGCAGCGACUACAUCUAUGUGGUGGACACCAGGCCCAAGCUUAACGCCAUGGCAAAUCGAGCAGCAGGUAAAGGCUACGAGAAUGAGGACCACUACACCAAUAUCAAGCUGCAGUUCGUUGGCAUUGAAAACAUUCACAUUAUGAGAAGCAGCCAACAGAAAAUCAUUGAUGUGGGCGGGAUGAGGUCUCCGUCCAUGACUGACUUCCUGUAUGGUCUGGAGAACUCUGGUUGGCUCAAACAUAUCAAAGCCAUACUAGACGCUGGGCUGUUAAUAGCCAGGGCAGUGGCUGAUGAAGGUAUCAGUGUGUUGGUUCACUGUUCAGAUGGCUGGGACAGGACAGCACAGGCAUGUUCUGUAGCCAGUAUACUGUUGGACCCAUACUACAGAACCAUCAAAGGACUCAUGGUGCUGAUAGACAGAGACUGGGCUUCCUUCGGACACAAGUUCUCCCACAGGUACGCCCACCUGGAUGGAGAUCCUAAAGAGGUGUCUCCUGUCAUCGAUCAGUUUUUGGAGUGUGUGUGGCAGCUGUCAGAGCAAUUCCCAUGUGCCUUUGAGUUCAGCGAGCGUUUCCUCAUCACCAUACACACACACAUCUACUCCUGUCAGUAUGGGACCUUCCUUGGAAACUGCCAGAAGGAACGCAAGGAUAUGAGGCUUCAUGAGCUGAGUCAUUGUGUAUGGCCUCAGCUGUGGAAGGACAGAGCUGAGUACACCAACCCUCUGUACAAGGCUGAGCUGAGCCAGAGUCAGGGUGUGCUGAGACCCAACACCACCCCCUACUGCUUCAAAAUGUGGAAGGGUCUCUAUAGCCACGUGGAGAAAUCAACUCCUCCUCGCCAGUCUCCUGCCGACUUCCUGUCUACUGUAAGAGAGGAGUCCCAGCAGCUGGAGGAGGAGCUGACCAAUCACCAGGAGAGGAUAUCAGCCCUGACAGGGAAGCCAAUCACAUGGGAGAAGAUCAGGGUUCCGAGGAUUAGGACUAGGCAGACACACUGCGGGCCAGACCCGCCCACCACUUACAUGGACCCAAUCACCAGCCCUGCACAGGACAAUGGUCACACACUCUCCUCUGAACCAGCUGACCACAAGACUCAAACCAAGGACCCCAAUCUCACCCUGCCUCUAGGGCCUCACAGCCGGCUCAAGAGUCACAACACUGAUGACCUCUCCACCUGCAGCGACCUGGAGUCGGGCGUGGCUGACCUCAGCAGCCGCUCGUCCAGUGGUGGAGACGAUGGUAAGGACCCAGACUUGGAUGAGGCUGUCUUUACCACUGCUUGAUUGGAAAUCACUGCUCCUCUUACAGUAGAUCCCCCAAACUUAUCCGUUCAAACAGCUGGAAGGGAGGGGAGACAGAUUGUUGUCUGAGUUAUUGAUUUAAAGAUGGCAACUGACUGACAGAAGUCAGGUUUUACGUCUUGUUUUGGAAUUGUAAUUCGUCUCAUUUCUUCUCAGUAUAAAGGGAGUCACGGUGAAAUG